AUGACGACCAGGUUUGAAGUGCUCCAGGGCAAGAAGCCCAUCUCGUUCAGGCGCCUGAUGGCCCUGAAAAAGACCGGAGAAAACGUCUUCGAAUCCCUGACUCCGGCCUGGCCACCGGCCCCCCAUCGGAGAGCAUUUGGAGGCCAUGUGUACGCCCAGGCCAUGUACGCUGCAAGCAAGACCGUGGAUAAAGGGCUGGUAGUCCAUCAAAUGACUGGGUACUUUAUCCUCCCCGGCGCUAUUGAUAUUCCGUACGUGUAUCGCGUGCGCAAAAUUCGGGACGGCGGCAUGUACUGCUUGAGAGGGGUCGACGUCUACCAACACUCCGAAGCCGCCGCGCAGGGCACGUCGCCUUGCUUCGUCGCCACUAUCUCAUUCAAGCGGUGCGAGAAGGGCAUCCAGAAAUGGACCGGUUACGAGUACCAAGAGAUUCCCAAGGACCACAUCCAGAAAGAGUACUGUAGUGUCUUGAAAGGCUUCAGGCCCGAAGAUCACCCUCUGGCUCCGGGCGCCGAUGCUCUCUGGUGGGAGCAGGAAGAGGAAGAGUUCUGGAGCCGCGACGCGGCGGCCUUCCCGGGGGUGGAAACCAGAAAGGUCAACAUGGCCAGAUACAACGGCAAGGCAGAACUCGGGGGCGGCACGAACGGGAAUGGGGCGUCGCGCUGGCGCCAGCUGCUCUUUUACCGGCUCAUCCAGGACGACGAACCGUCCGAAGAGAGACAGGAAGCCGCCAACGACCUGAACUUGCACGCCGCGGCUCACCUGUACGCUUCGGACAGGAACUCGCUCUUCCUCAUCCAGCGCGCGCUCGGCUACGAGGCGGUCCGCACCACUAUGGCGUCGCUGUCACACACGGUCGUCUUCCACGGCCUAGCCGACCAUCUGCGCAUGGUUGUUGACGACGACCCCCAACAUCAUCGGCAGGGCGGCACUUCGAAGUGGUUCGUCCAGGAGUCGUGGACCAGCAAUGGUGGCGACAACCGCGGCUGCCACCACAGCCUCCUGUGGGACCACGAAGCCGGCAGGGUCAUCGGCACCUCGAUCCAAGACGGCAUGUUGAGGUUUCCGGCAGAGCUGGUCGAGAAGGCCAAGGCCAGCCAUGCUACGAAAAGCUCAUUGUCACCGCCUGCCCAGGAGAAGGCCGGUAGCAGCAAAUUAUAG